AUGGAAGCCAUUGCCAAGUUUGAUUUCACGGCUUCAGGAGAAGACGAGUUGAGCUUCCAGGCUGGGGAUGUGUUGAAGGUUUUGAGCUCCCAGGAAGAGUGGUACAAGGCUGAGCUCAGAAGUCACGAGGGCUACGUUCCCAAGAACUUCAUUGAUUUCCAUGUUCCCCCCUGGUUUGAUGAGAAGAUAUCCCGCCACGAAGCAGAGAACCUUCUCAUGAGCAAAGGAGUCGGCUGCUUCAUCGUCCGAGCCAGUCAGAACUCUCAUGGAGACUUCUCCAUCUCUGUCAGGCAUGAAGAUGAUGUGCAACACUUCAAAGUGAUGAGGGAUUCAAAGGGUAGCUAUUACUUGUGGACAGAGAAAUUCCACUCUCUAAACAAGCUGGUGAACUACUACAAGACAACUUCAAUCUCCAGGCAGAAGCAGAUCUUCCUAAGGGACAACAGCCAAGAAGAAAAGGAGAGGCGUGGUGGGAGCCUGGAACGGGUAGGUCGGGAAGGAUUCCACAUGGGAGGAGCAGCUGGAGAAGAUCAUUCUUCUGUAUCCAAGAGAUAUGUAGAGCAUCCUGUUCCCAUACUGCAGCAGCAACAGGAAAGAUAUGGUGGGAGUCUGGACAGGAAAGACAUGAUGCACAGACCAAGGGACCAUGGCCAAGGAAGCGCAGGAGCUAUGCAACGGAGACACACAGACCCACUGCACCAGCAGACACCCCGAACACUGUGGGUCCGUGCCUUGUACGACUUUGAUGCUCUGGAGCACGAUGAGCUGGGCUUCCGCAGUGGGGACAUCUUAGAGGUCCUGGACAGCUCCAACCCAUCCUGGUGGAAAGGACGCCUGCGUGGAGAACUGGGUCUCUUCCCUGCCAACUACGUCACACCGGUGCUGCUGUGA